UGUCCUUGUUUGAACUUCAGCACCAAACGGUGACGUCGUUCCACAGGUUUCAUAAUUUAACUGCACGUUUCUUUGUUGGUUUGAAUUCUAAUAUCCAUGUUUGUUCGUUUUGCUUUUCUAAAAAGCUAACGUUUAAGUACUUACUAAUUGGUGGAGGUUAACUGGCGUGAAGGGUGUUGUGAUUCCAGAUUCCUUAGGUGUAUAGUUGCAAACACGCUUCAGCGCGCGCGACGCUACUUAUCAGUUAUUAGCCUGCGUAUUUGUUUACGAUUUGUUUCAGGCUUUAGGCAGUUUCUUAUCAGUUUCUGCUUCUCGCGUAACGAGGCGUUAUCUUGUCCGUGGAUCAUUAGUCACUGUUUAUUUACAAUGGAUUUGGAGUCCGAUUCACUGGAACCCGUGGCGCCGUUUGAACUGCUGACGCUCACGGAGUCCGUCAUCAACGCAGCUCCCCUCCAACCCUUAAUCCCCGAAAUCUCCCAGUUUUCUCCGCCCUCCUCCACGCUCACCCCGCUGCCUAGUUCCGGACUGAUUUCCCAAUCGGUGGAGCUGAUCAAUACCAUGUUUUCCGCGGAGGAGACGGCCAUCUCCUCGUCGGAACGCGGCACGACGCCGUUGGAUGUCCUUGAAAACGCAGCCGCGCUCUUCUCCCCUCCGCCCGCGUAUCCGCCCGUCGAACCGCCCAUGUUCAUGGAGGCCAUGCCCAUGUUUUGCGCCCGCGUGCGCGAGGCCAGCUCGUCGCUGUAUCGGUUGGAUGCGGGGCGGGUGGGGGGUAUGGGUGCGGAGGAGGAAGAGCCUGGGGUAGUCCUGGAGGCCUACGCAACAGGCAGUCUGAGUCUGGAUGUGGAAAAUGGGAGCUGCCAUUUUCCCUUGGAUUCGAUCGCUACCUUGGUCUCUCCCAAAAAACACACUACUACUCUCCACCUCCCGCUGCCCCACGCGGAUCCCGUCCCCUUCAUCCACCGCUCCGUGUCCUCGCCGGUAUUUGCCGCCAGCAUUCGCGAGCAUCCCAUCAACGCCGACGACAGCGACGCCACCAUUAUUCUCAACGGGAACACCCCGGCCAAACCGAAAAAACGCAAAGCCGUCACCACCAGCCUGCAGCUUCCGGAAGCGGAGCCACCCGCGGUGUUGCCGCGCUUCCAGUGGUUCCAGGGAAAGGGCAUGGUCAAGGUGCACGUGCUAAUUAAGAAUGUGUGUCCCAUGAACAUGAAGCUCAAGUGUAAUGGACGGGAUUUGGAGGUGCGCUGCUCGACGGAUAAUGCGCCGUUUCCGCCCACGAAACCGUUGAAUCCGCCGCGUGAUAUGGUGGACUAUCAUCUGCCGCUGAGAUUAGCACACCGGGUGCAUCCAGAACCGGAAUUCAUCAGAUAUUCGCCCAGUCGAAUCGAAGUGCAUUACCGCAAAGUGAAGCCGUACAUCGAAUGGGCAUCUUUAUGGAAAAAUCCUGCCGCAGCUAGCGCCACGGCAUCGUGGUCGGAUUCCGGCGUCAUGGAUGUGGAGACCUCGUCGGACAGUGAUGAAGUGGACGAGGAGGACGAAGAUGAGGAUAUGGAGCGACCGGCUAAACGUUUCAUGAACGGAGAAAUUGCACACGCGGGUGAGAAGAUCCCUCUUCCGCCGCUGCCGGAAAUCCCGGGACCGUUGACCAUGAAGGUCAGCAGUCCCCUGCAUCCGGCGCACUUCACCCUGGGACUGAACGAACCCGAUUCCGACCAGACACCGUCCACGUCGUUCCCCGUGGAAACGUCGGCGGAAUGCGCAAUGUCGACGACGGUGGCCAUUGUGGUGUCGGAAUGGAAUACAAACGACAACGAAUCCGUCGUAUCAACGACCAGUGAGACUCACGAAACGGAAUGAAAUAAUACGGGUAUUUGUUAGAAAUGUGUCUGAUAUAAAAAGUGCUUGUGGAUCUCGUUGCGCUGAUCAUUGGGCGAAAUAAUGUUGUUUUUCUUGUAAUUUAUUUUUCUCAUUUUGUUCCACUAAUCCGUUUGUUGAUAUGUUCGGCACGUUUUGACGCGGAAAUCAAACUGUUUUAUUGACUUUAUUAUUUUAAUCGAAAUUGUAAUUACUCUCAAGUCUCAGCUACAUCCAAAAAAAUGAUCAUUUAAAAGAAAAAAUGCAGACAAAUU